AUCAACUGUCAAUUGAUUGAAAGUGAACAAUUGUCGGCCACGGUAAUCGCGAUGGCUUCCCUUUAUAUUAAUUUAUUAAUUUUCACAAUAUUAAGUAUUUUAGUGCGUGGUAAUACACAACAAGUGCAUAGACGUUUUGAAUACAAAUAUUCAUUCAAACCGCCGUAUUUAGCGCAAAAGGAUGGAUCUGUCCCAUUCUGGGAAUAUGGUGGAAAUGCGAUAGCGUCCGGGGAGAGCGUCCGCCUGGCGCCCUCCCUCCGGAGCCAGAAGGGCGCCAUCUGGACAAAGCAGCCCAUAAACUUUGACUGGUGGGAGGUGGAUAUCAUGUUCAAGGUCACGGGAAGGGGCAGGAUUGGUGCCGACGGUCUGGCGUUCUGGUACACGACGCAGCGCGGCGAGUACACGGGCGAGGUGUUCGGCUCGUCGGACCGGUGGAACGGGCUCGCCAUCAUAUUCGACUCCUUCGACAACGACAACAAGCACAACAACCCGUACAUCAUGGCGGUCGUCAACGACGGCACCAAGGUCUUCGACCAUAAGAGUGACGGCUCCACGCAGCUGCUGUCGGGCUGCCUGCGCGACUUCCGCAACAAGCCGUUCCCGACGCGCGCCCGCGUCGAGUACUUCCACAACACGCUCACUGUCUACUUCCACAAUGGAAUGACGAACAACGAAGCGGACUAUGAGCUGUGUUUCCGAGCGGAGAACGUGGUGCUGCCGAGGGGCGGCUACUUCGGCAUCUCGGCGGCGACGGGCGGGCUCGCCGACGACCACGACGUGCUGCACCUGCUCACCACCUCCCUGCACACGGCGCAGCAAGGCGGCCAGCAGAUCAGCACCGAUGAACAGCAGAAGCUGUCGCAGGAGUACCAGGAAUACCAGAAGAAGCUUGAACAGCAGAAAGAGGAGUACAGGAAGGAGCAUCCUGAUGAGGCGCGCGACAAGGACGGCGAGCUGGAGGACUGGUUCGAGUCGGACGGGCAGCGCGAGCUGCGGCAGAUCUUCCAGGGACAGGCGCAGAUGCACGACGUGCUGCGCGAUAUGAACAAGAAGAUCGACGAGGUGAUCGGCAAGCAAAUGAACUCUCUGUCAAUGCUGACGGCCGUGUACAGCCAAGCGCAGUCCGGAGUGCAGGCGCAGCCACCGCAGGCGGGCCAGCCAUUACCACCUAUGCCGGCGCUGCCGAUCGGGCGGCACGACUGGGACGCGCUCGUCGCCAACAAUCAGAUCAUGAUUAACACCAUCGCCGAACUCAAAGGGUUCAUUAUCGAGGUGGCGCGUAAGUCAGACUCGCUGCUAACCGCCGGCACUGGCGGCGGCGGCGGCACCGCCAUCAACCCACAGUUCCUCAACGAGAUGCGAGACUCCAUCAACCAGGUCAAGCAGACCGUCGCGGGAGUCGCACAAAGGGUGUCAGCGCCAAGCCCGGGUAUGGCGGGCGCCCAGCUGUCGUGUCCGCAGGUGUCGUGCGUUGGCUUCACGGGCCUGCUGCUGGUGGUCGCCGCGCAACUCGUUGUUAUGCUCCUAUACAACCUGUACAAAGAAAGAAAAGAGGCGCAAGCAAAGAAAUUCUUCUGAGAUGUGAUAAGAGAUAGUUAUAUUGAAAAACGCACUUCUUACACAUUGUCACGUGCUAGAUAGAAUAACAGAUCUCUCAUUAGGGCUCAAUUAAAAUAUACAGGGUGAUGUCGACAUCGUAGGCGUCCCUUCAAGGGGUGUUCUAUAAGCGAAACGGAACUUAAAAUUAUAUUUUUAAUCCUAUUAAUAUAAUAAAUGCAAAUUUUUAAGAAUUCGAUGUAUGUUUAUUACUCUUUCAUGCAAAAACUACUGAAUGGAUUUGAAUGAAAUGUGGUACACGGGUAGUUUGUAUCGCAUAUGUAAUGUGAUGUAAAUUAGACUCUAUUUCCUGUGCUUAAUCUCUCAUUUGGAGCGUUGUCCGUAUGAGUUGUGGCUAGUACAGCCGACCCAGCUCCGCCCAUUGUAUCAUAUAUAAUAAUUGAUAAUAUUUUACUAGUUUUUACCCGUGACCUCGUCCGUGACUACUAAAUUCAAUAAGACAUACUAAUUUUAUUUAUUUAUAUUACCAAAUAUAUAUGUUACACUAUAUUUUAUUGUAAAAGCCUUAACAGUGGUUAUCCAUAGAUACCUCGUAACAAGGCGGGGGUAAUGUAUAGCAAUAUCUAUAUAUUUCAGUUACAAUAUCUAUAUACUGAUACUGGUCCAAUAACAAAUAGGUCUGUUAUCAAGAAAGUAUAUUAGAUAACAGACUUUUAACAUAUUCGAAAAUAGAUAUCCGACCGAUAUGGGCGAUAUCGUAAUGGGUGAUGAGCUUUACUCCGCCAUCAAUGUCCAGAGGAGCCCAAUAUAUAGAUAUUGGAUCAGUAUACAUAUUACCCAUGUCUACAUAAAAUAAUUAUAAUGAAUGUUUCUAAGUUUCCUAUUUCCUUUUUUAUGUCACUUAGAUAAAUAAUUUUUAUAUAAAAAAUCGAGAAUUUAUGUAAAAAAUAAAUAAUAUACUUUUUUUUUAGUUUAUUUGAAUUUGGAAUAAAUUCGAAAUUGGAAUGCUUUUGUAAUAUUUUGUCCGUUAGUAAUCGGCAGUUUGCCGUUGAUUAGUGACUUGCAUUGGAUGGUGACAAUGUGCAUUAAGUGCAUCAAAGAGGUUGAAUUUUGUACCAUUUUGAGUGUAUGAGUGUAAGAAAAUAAUAUAAUUUCCUGUAAAUAAAUAUUUAUAUGUAUUUUUGUCUGUUUAGUAAAUUUUUUUAUUUAUUCAA